UUUGAUAAAAUCCUUAAGUGACUGGAGUCACAAAAACUGUCUCAUACUGAACACCUCAAAGACAAAGCAAAUGUUCAUGGAUUUCCAUAGGUCCAAGCCCCCUCUUCAGCCUGUGAACACUUGUGGAGUGGACAUCGAGGUGGUGACGACCUAUAAAUAUCUAGGUGUACACCUUGAUAACAAGCUGGACUGGUCCCUUAACACAGAUGCACUCUACAAAAAGGGGCAGAGCCGCCUCUUUUUUCUAAGGAAGCUCAGAUCUCUAAACAUCUGUAGUAAGAUGCUGCAGAUGUCUAUUGUGGCAAGUGUUUUAUUUUAUGCUGCAGUCUGCUGGGGAGGAAGUUUUGAAAAAAAGCAAGCAAGGAGGCUGGAUAAGUUUGUUAAGAACACACAUUACAUUUAAAAAUCAACCAAAUUGUUAUUAUGCUGUAUAUUCAAGGAAAUGUUAUGAAACACUAAUGAGGACUAAUUUUUGCUUGGCUUUUAGUUAAAGUGGAAUAUGAAGUGUAUUGUCAUCAGCAUAUAGUGUACAAAAUAAUGACACAUUUAUAGGAUAAAGUAACAGGACCCAGGAUGAAUCUUUGAGAAACCCCAAAUGAGCUGUUGAGAAGGACAUUAGUUCAAAGACAUGUCCAAUACAGACAACAUUGAGUCUGUAUGGUAUUUACGUUUCUUCAGUUUGAACAGUUUUGUCUUUUCUCUCUUUUUCAUCCAUUUAAAGGUGGACUCUUCUUUGCAAAGCCAAUGCGGGACAAAAACUACACAACUAUGAUGGAUCCAUUUCAGAGGAAGUAUGGGAAAACACUGACUGGCCUUCUCGCUGUUGCUGCAUUCAUCGCUGAAGUCAUGUGGAUUCCUGGCACACUGAUUUCUUUGGGUCUAAUAAUGAUGGCAGUCUUUUACCUGCUUGUGUUGGGAAUCGGCAUCUGGGCAUCUGUGAGGUCAAAGAAAUUGAGGGAAAACGCACAAAAUGGACAGGUAGAGUUUUCUUUUUUGGCCAACCGCAGUGUCAACUUGAUAGUGGGAGUCUUCACAAUGACAGCUACUUGGGUUGGAGGUGGCUUCACCAUGGGUUUUACAGAGACAGUUUAUGAUCCCACCAAAGGUCUAAUCUGGGCUCUUUUUCCUCUCCAACUGUCAAUUUCUUUUAUCAUUGGUGGACUCUUCUUUGCAAAGCCAAUGCGGGACAAAAACUACACAACUAUGAUGGAUCCAUUUCAGAGGAAGUAUGGGAAAACACUGACUGGCCUUCUCGCUGUUGCUGCAUUUAUUAGUGAAGUCGUGUAUAUUCCUGUCACACUGAUUUCUCUGGGAGUCACCGUUAGAAUAUUUUCCGAUCUGCCCUUAAGUCUUUGCAUCUGGAUCUCUGCUGCUGUGGCGAUCAUCUACACUGUGCUUGGAGGUCUCUAUUCAGUUGCUUACACUGAUGUUGUGCAGCUAUUAUUGGUGUUUUGUGGCUUGUGGCUCUGUGCUCCCUUCGUUCUGGCAAGUGAUGUUUAUACUGACAUCACUCAAACAGCAGUCAACCACACAUAUCAGGCUCCCUGGCUUGGCCACAUUGAGUCUCAUGAAGCUUGGACGUGGGUUGAUAAUUUCCUCGUAUUGACUCUUGGAAAUUUGGCGUUUCAAGACUUUCAUCAAGGACUCUCUCCUCCAGCUCCACAUCUACAGCCCAGACUAAUCGUUUCAUAGCAGCAGGUGUGGUCAUUGUU